UCUGGUUUGAUAGUGGGAAGCGCAUAUCCGGAUUUGCAGAUAGAUUACUGGGCGGAUAACGAACUAUUGCUAUCACGAUAUUACUGCAUUGCGCUUUGAUAUUUAAAUAAAUAACUGUGCACCAACACUCUAAGGGAUGGCGCACGAGACGCUCCUCAUCAAGCUCGUGCUCGUGGGUUACCUGUCCACCGGCGGAGUGGCUGCCUUUCUCCUCCUCCCCAGGCUCGCGUCACCUCAAAGCCAGGAGUCACGGAGCUCCGAGAACGACGCAAACGCGGGGGGAGACCCAGGCUGGAUCUGGGCGGACGAGGAUCAGCUGCAGCAAGAGCAGCUGCAGCUCAUGGAGCCAGGUGAAGCUACCUGGUCCUCCGAGAGCCAGGGCUUUCCGAAGGGCUCCGACUUCUUGGAGGAGCUGUGGUUGAGUUCUGAUCCCGGUCCCAAUCAGCUGGUCAGCCAGCGCGUUGAUCGCUCCGUGAGCAGCGUGGCGGAUCACGCCGUGAUGCAGAAGCGUGGCCGCCUGCUGCAGGAGCUGGCUCGGCAGAACUGGCUCAGCGCGCUGCUGCAGGACGUGGGCUCCGUGGGGGCGCGCACCCAGCGUGCCCUCGGUUCCUCUGAGCCGCUGUCCGUGGUGCUGAAUGGCGGCGGUGUUGGUGGUGGUGGUGGUGGUCUUGGUCGCGGCGUUGGUGACGGUGGUGUCGAGGAGUCGCGACGCAGGGCGACCGUGGCGGAGGAUGGGCUGAUCAGGCAGAAGAGCAAGUACCUAGCCGAUGUUCACCGGCAGUCCUGGAUCAAUGCUAUUGUGCGUAAGCUUUCCUCGUGAAGGGGCCUUGCCGCUACCCGCCCUUAGGCCUUGCUCUAAUGGGCGUUCGACCAGAUUUAUUGUCACGGAUUCGUACGGGAGGGGUGAGUUGAGUUUAUGUGGCACAUCGGUGAGAUUUAUAAGCUGAGGUUGAGUCUUUUUUUCUUCUUUCAUUCAGAGGUUGACGAGUUGUUAGGGUUAAAGAUGGGUUAAGUGUUGGAUGAUUGAUGGUUGUAGACAAACAUGUUUAUACUCCUAUUCGAUAAAAAAAAUCUGAGCCAACGAGUAAGUUAUAGCUCAAUAUUUGGGUAGAUAUGGGCACAAUUAGAUUUUACGAUUUAUACGAUUCUCAUUGAAUAAGCAUUUCUCCCCUUAAUUAUAUUACAAUACAGUUUCAGCUUAUAAAGCAUCUAAAUUGAGCAUAUAUUAUUGAAGCAUCUAAAUACAACAUCCCCAGAUGUUAUACAGAUGCCAUGUAUGUAAUUCUAUACUGUGUGGAUUAGCUCACAGUUCAACAAAGUUGUUUGAGCAUAAGUACUACUUCUAAGCCAGUGCAAUUCAUCAUAUAGUUGCCACAAGCAAACAUGGGGAGUCGUGCUUGCUUGUGUCAUCCACAUCGCACGUGUUAAUUGGAUACAGGAGAGAAGACCGUAGCAAGACAGAUGAAUGCAUAGCAACACGGCCCUCUGCUGUCGACAUAACGUGACUCGAUUUCCAACACCACGAAUUUUCCAUGUUUACGUUCCUACAUAUUCAAUGUUAUACCAACGGUGAUUUGGGGUAUACAUUUAUAAGACUCGGUGCGGUUUCAAUCAGACUUUUGUGUGCAAUAGUGUCCAGUAAUCAGUUUUAUUGCGUCAAUGUAUGUUAUUUGUUUGUAUUAUUGUCGUUAAAGUAUGCUGUCGUGUCUUAUACAAUGAUUCUUUCCUGCUUCGGAUUAUACCAUGAAUAAACACUGCAAUUUGAAA